UUAACUUAUAAAAUUGAACUUCCGCCGUUGCUAGGCUCCUCCGGAAUCAGCCGUUUGUUUACACAUUUCUUCGGCUUUAGGGAGCAUCGUUGAAGCAGUCGUGAGGAGAAACUAAAGCAGCAGAGUUGGAAAGUCUGACUAUUUACUUCAAAAAUGCCCUUGUUUGGCAACAUAUUCAGUCCCAAAAAAACACCACCUCGGAAGUCUGCAUCCCUUUCCAAUCUACAUACACUGGAUCGGUCAACACGGGAGAUUGAAUUAGGUCUGGAAUAUGGCUCUCCGGUGAUGAAUAUUGGUGGCCAGAGCUUGAAAUUUGAAGAUGGCCAGUGGAUUUCAGAGUCAGGAGGUAAUGUAUCGGGAAGAGAGGUACAGCGACUAAAGAAAAGGAAUCUACAAUUAGAAGAGGAGAAUAAUCUCCUCAGGCUAAAGAUUGAGGUUCUUCUUGAUAUGCUUUCAGAGUCAACAGCAGAAACACAUCUAAUACAGAAGGAACUUGAUGAUGUGAAGAGUAAUUCUCGGAGAAAGAAGUGAUGAAAGGAAAUAAAGGGGAUUCAGUCUUUUUUACAAAGAAAUUGGUGGAGCUAUUGCAAGACUAUUUUUAAAUAUCACUUACAUAUUACACAAUAAUUUUUUUAUAUCACUUUGCAUAUUUUCUUUUUUAAAAUUUUUACUGUUUUAUUGCCAAUUAUGUGGAAAAAUAGGUGUUUUUUUGUUUGUUUAGUUCUAAUUAAUAAUUUCAGUUAAUGUCCUGUUUAUUUUGCCUUAUAAAUAACUGUGUUGGAUUGGAAAUGCAUUAAAAACUUAAUAAAAAACGUAAUAAAUAUAAAUAACUUCUGCUUAAUUCAACAAAAAGUUUUCAGAUUACCGGUACAUAAAAUCAGAUGAAGCUCACCUAUAAUGUGUUUAGAAAACAAUAACUUGUCUUAGCCAGUUUUACCAAAUCCUCAUUCCUUCUCCUUCUUUAAUAGUAAUAAACCAAAUACAUUUUGAAUUAUAAUAAGUGCUGCACUUAUUUUAUGGCAAAGUUUUUUUACUAUGUAAGUUUACUUUUGAAAAGGGGACCUAUCAAACUGUUAAACUCCAGAUUUCCAAAAAAAUAAAAGCACACUUGUUAUUGUAUCAGAUUUUCAAUACAGAUCCAAACUGCUUAAAUCAGU